AUCGCAUGCAGUGAAAGUUCCUGACUCACCAAGGGAUUGAGACCCAUCAACUAUCCUCACCUGGCUUAGCUGGAUUGUCACAGCUGUUUCCUGGGUUGUGUCUCCUGUUGCAUGCUUACGGCUUCCAGGACCCACAGGAUAUUCUUUCCCUGCACUCUGAAGCAGACAAUGGAGAAGACAGGGAAGAAUCCUGGGGGGCCACCUGUAAUUUCAAAAGGAAUAACGAAGAAACCAUUUAAAUGUAUAGAGUGUGGAAAGAGCUUCAGUCAAAGUGGAGACCUUAGAAAUCAUCAGCGAACUCACACAGGGGAGAAACCCUUUAAAUGUAUGGAGUGUGGAAAAAGCUUCAGUGCCAGUGGGACACUUAGAAUACAUCAACGAACUCACACAGGGGAGAAACCCUUUAAAUGUAUGGAGUGUGGAAAAAGCUUCAGUGACAGUGGACAACUUCGAGUACACCACCGAACUCACACAGGGGAGAAACCAUUUAAAUGUAUGGAGUGUGGACAGAGCUUCGGUCAAAGUGGACAACUUCGAGUACAUCAACGAACUCACACAGGGGAAAAACCAUUUAAAUGUAUUGAGUGUGGAAAGAGCUUCAGUGACAGUGGGACACUUAGAAUACAUCAACGAAUUCACACAGGGGAGAAACCCUUUAAAUGUAUGGAGUGUGGUAGUAGCUUCAGUCGAAGUGGAACUCUUCGAGUACAUGAACGAACUCACACAGGGGAGAAACCAUUUAAAUGUAUGGAGUGUGGAAAAAGCUUCAGUGACAGUAGAAUUCUUCGAAUACAUAAACGAACUCACACAGGGGAGAAACCCUUUAAAUGUAUGGAGUGUGGAAAAAGCUUCAGUGACAGUGGAACACUUAGAAAUCAUCAACGAACUCACACAGGGGAGAAACCUUUUAAAUGUAUGGAAUGUGGAAAGAGCUUCAGUCAAAGUGGACAUCAUAGAAGACAUCAACGAACUCACACAGGGGAGAAACCCUUUAAAUGUAUGGAGUGUGGAAAAAGCUUCAGUCACAGCAGGACACUUAGAAAACAUCAGCGAAAUCACACAGGGGAGAAACCCUUUAAAUGUAUGGAGUGUGGAAAGAGCUUCAUUGCCAGUGAAAACCUUAGAAUACAUCAACGAACUCACACAGGGGAGAAACCAUUUAAAUGUAUGGAGUGUGGAAAAAGCUUCAGUGCCAGUGGAAAACUUAGAAUACACCACCGAACUCACACAGGGGAAAAACCAUUUAAAUGUAUGGAGUGUGGAAAAAGCUUCAGUGCCAGUGGGAAACUUCGAAUACACCACCGAACUCACACAGGGGAGAAACCCUUUAAAUGUAUGGAGUGUGGAAAAAGCUUCAGUGCCAGUGGGACACUUAGAAUACAUCAACGAACUCACACAGGGGAGAAACCCUUUAAAUGUAUGGAGUGUGGAAAGAGCUUCAGUCAAAGUGGAGAACUUAGAAAACAUCAACACACUCACACAGGGGAGAAACCCUUUAAAUGUACAGAGUGUGGAAAGAGCUUCAGUCAAAGUGGAGAACUUAGAAAACAUCAACGCACUCACACAGGGGAGAAACCAUUUAAAUGCUUGGAGUGUGGAAAAAGCUACACCGAAAGUAGGACACUUAGAAAACAUCAACGAACUCACAUGGGUGAAGCCAUUUAAAUAUGGAGUGUCGAAGGAGCUUCAGUAAAAUGGAAACCUUACAAACCAUCAAUGAACUUUUACAGGUCAGAAACCCUUUAAAUGUAAGGUGUGCGGAAAGUAAUGCAGGUAAUGUCUUAAAAUAGUAGAAUGCAAGAUGCAAUGUUAGGGAGGGGUGUGUGCAUCUGGAGAGCUGGUGCAGAGUAAUGAUGGGCUGAGAGUCACAUGAUUUUAUAUAUAUAUAUACAAUAACCAAACAUGAAAAAACAAAUCAUACAAUAUACAAAUCAAAUAAUAAAUGACAAUACACACCAAAAACAACAACUAUAUUUUCAAUCAAUCUCAUAUUCCGUAUCUUUAUCAACUUCCUCCUUUUCCUCCCGUCUAUGUUUCUAUAUAUCACUUACUUAGCACUUUCUAAAUCUUGAUUCCAAUCUUUUUCAUAAUUAUCUAAUCUAAAUAAUACUCUUAAUCCCUUCUCAAUACAUAAUAUCCAAAAUCUCUUAAUAUAAUUCUAAUCUUAAAAGCACAUAAACAUCAUAUCACAUAACUAAAUCUUACCACAUAAUACAUUGAUCUAACUUCUGAAACCUCCUUUUACCAAAUUCUUUGCUAAAUAUUGCUAAUCUUAUAAUUUUUCUCUAAAUAAACUUUAAAUUUCUUCCAAUUUUCUUCCACUGAUUCUUCCCCCUGGUCCCGGAGUCUCCCCGUCAAUUCAGACAGUUCCAUGUAUUCUAUCAGCUUCAUCUGCCAGUCGUCCACCGUCGGUAUAUCUUCAGUUUUCCAAUUCCUUGCUAAUACCAUUCUAGCUGCUGUUGUGGCAUACAGAAAAAACGCAAUAUCUUUCUUAGGUAAUUCCUCUUUUAUUAUUCCAAGUAAAAAUGCUUCUGGUUUCUUAACAAACGUGUUUUUAAACACUUUCUUCAACUCAUUAUAAAUCUUAUCCCAGAAGCUCUUUACUUGGGGCAUGUCCACCACAUACGGUGAAAGGUUCCUUCUACAUUCUUAAAUUUCCAACAUUUGUUAUCCUGUUUGUGGUAAAUCUUAGCCAACUUUCCUGGUGUAAGAUACCAUCUAUACAUCAUCUUCAUCAUAUUCUCUUUUAAUACAUUACAAGCAGUAAACUUCAUAUUCUCCUUCCACAACCUUUCCCUCCUAUCAUUAUAUUAUGUCCUACAUCUUUUGCCCACUCAAUCAUAACCAAUUUUGUCUGUUCAUCUUUAGUAUGCCACUCCAACAACAAAUUAUACAUCCUUGAAAGAUUCUUAAUUUUUGGUUCUAAUAAUUCUGUUUCCAAUUUUGACUUUACAAUUUGAAAACCAACUUUUUUAUCCAGCAAAUACUUUAUCCAGUAUUUGAUAAUACUGUAACCAAUCAUUCAGAUAUAUCUUCAACUGUUCAUAUGUUUUUAACUUAAAAUGGUCUUUCUCUUCCAUCAACAAUUCCUUGUAUGUCGGCCACUGUUUCCAUAUUCAAUUUUUUAUUUACUUUAGCCUCUAAAGGCAAAAUCCACCUGGGUGUUUUUCUUUCUAACAAAUCUUUAUAUCUAUCCCAUACAUUGAACAAUGAUUUUCUUAUAAUAUGACAUUUAAAAACUUUAUGGACCUUAAUCUUAUCAUACCACAAAUAAGCAGAAAUUUCCCCAGGACUUGCUCAGAUCACAACGCUGUGGCAAUGGAACCAAAACUAUCUUUGCAGGGUUCUUUUAGAUGGAAAAUGAAUGAUGCAUUGAUGAGACAAGAAGAAAUUGUCCAAAAAGGACAAAAGACUCUGGAAUAUUAUUUUGAGUUAAAUUUGAAUACAGAGACUGAGUUAAGGACGAUAUGGGAUGCCAGCAAGGCGGUGAUGCGAGGAUUCCUGAUUCAACAGAAUAUGAUUAAGAAGAAACAACAAAAUGGGAGAAAAGAAAAAAUAUUGAUACAAUUGAAGGAUAAGGAAAAUAAAUUGAGAUGUAAACCCAAGGAUAAACAGAUUCAAAAAGAAAUCAAGUUGUUGCAAGCACCAUUUAUUCAAAUAACAAAUUUGGAAAUUGAAUGGAAGAUUAAAAUGAUGAAUCAAAGGAAUUUCGAAUCUACCAAUUAUUAGCAUGGCAAUUGAAGAAAAGACAGAAACAGAGUCACAUGAUUUUUGGCCUUUGGUGGAGAGAUUGGAAAUGCUCAUGUUUGAAGUAGGGAAGAGAGAACUGUGAAAGUGGAGUGUGAGACUUCUUGUGUUGCUUUGGAAGUAGAGUCGCAUAACUCCCAUUGUUAUAAUUGCAGUAAAGGAACGAUGAAGUCACAGGUGUCUGAAAGCAUCUUCUUACAUGCAGACGGUAGUCUUGAAACCCUUGUAUAUAGUUCCUAUUGUAUAAAUUAAAUGUGUUUACCACACUUCCUCAUUUUUGUCUACGUCAAGGGUGAAGUGUUGAAAUAAACAUUAUCUCUGGUGGCAUCAUAUAGCUUGUAGCUGGGACCCAGAUACGAAGCCUGCUUGCACCCUUGAAUGGAACAAAGUGGUAGUCUAAAUGUAGUUUUCCCUUUUAGUUUUAUAAGAUAUGAAACUCGCUUAUGCUUGCAAUUGGAAUCCACACACAAAAAUAGGACAACUUUCGGUGUGCUGCUUAUGUCAAUAGGUUAAUGCUGGGGGCGGGCUUUGACCAAAUAAGGACAAAUAAGGGUUGGACUUCGGGGUCAUGGGAAAUGAGUAUAAUCAGGCGGUCUGACAGGUUGUAACCGCUGCGCCGCUGCGCUGCCCUCCAUCCAACUGGAGGACAGAGGAGGGACUUUUGCGCCCGGGGGGAGGAUAAAUGCCUGUGUUGUUCUGACCUGCGUAUGCCUGAACAGGGUGGCUUUACUUAGUAGUUACAUAACAAUCUGUGAGUUCACCUCACAUGGAGACUGAGUUCAUGUGCUGCUGGCUGAGAGCCAGCAGACAGCAAAACUACAUUAAGAUAACAACAUGGCUGCAGGAGAGCAGUAUGGAAGCAAGAGAGAGAAAAUGGCUGCGCGAUUGGGCUCUUUUAUGGCGUCAGCCAGGGCCAUGCCCAUCUCUCAGGGGGAGGAUGCUCCAGACCAGUGGAAGUUCCACUGACUGGAGUAACCUCCCCCUGCCUGUGCCCACCCUAGGGAAACAAGGGAUGUUGCAUUGGACUGUUCCAAUGGAUUUCAUGCCAAAACAACUUCCUCCAAAUGCAGAAGCUGCCCAAAGGCAGCAGCCACCUCUGGGCAUUGAGGAUGGAAAUCCUCUCUCCACCUUUGGAACUGGACUUAAGGCAUAGACAGGAAGCGUCCUUUGCACCUAAUAGGCUCUGUGAACCUAUUUUCGUGACAGCCCCAGGGCUACUGCUUCCUUUGGGUUUAGGGGAAGAUGGUGCUCGAUUCUUCCAUACUUGGCAAGGUGAUUGAGCGGAACAACUCCAAGCAUGCCUGGAGGAUGCGGACCAUUUGGAUCCCUUCCGAUCGGGAUUCAGGCCUCAUCAUCGGACUGAAACUGCCAUGGGCGCGCUGGUCGAUAAUCUCCAGUGGCAUAGGGACAAAGGUGAGAGCUGUUUCCUAGUUCUGGAUCUCUCAGCGGCCUUUGAUAGCAUUGACCACGACAACCUCAUGGACCGUCCAGAGGAGCUGGCAGCUGGCGGCACUGUUAUACCCUACUCCAGUGGUUCCCAACAGGUGGUCCGCGGACCCCCAGGGGUCCGCAAGAUGCAGGGCCGGCUCUAGGGAGGGCGCCUGGUUGGGAGUCCGGGCUGAGCUGCAGCCGUCCGGGACUCCAGGAAAGAGCCGAGAGCUGAACAGAGCUCGGAAAGAGCCCUGCAGUGCCCGAAGCUGCCACUGGGGGCGCGGGGAGUCCUCAGCCGCUUGGGCCUAAAUGCUCCCUUCUCGCCAAGGCGUGGAUUGAAACACCUCCAGGAGCAGAGCCAGGAGCUUGAAAGGGACCGGGUGGGAGACGCUACAAGGAAGAAAAUGAAACCGACCAGGAAAAGUACAGUAAUUCUGGGAAGUUGCUCGGGGUGCAUAUUGCUCGGCAAAACUUUGGAGUUCUCUUUUUUCUUUUGCAAAAGCGUAUGGGGCGUCUGAAGACUGGAAGCACUUGUAAGGGGGCUCGGGGGGGUUAGUUUUUUCUUUUGCAAAACCGCCGUCUGUUUUCUCAAAGGCAAACCGCAGGCAGGACAAGGGGGCGGUGGUGGUGGAGGAAAGUUUUCGUGGGCGAACAGAGAACGGAGCGCCCUCGUGGAGAACCGGGUGGUUUUGUGUGUGUGUGUGUGUGUGUGUGUGUGUCCGUUUGCACGGAGACUAUCCGAUCCGAUCGGUGUUUGUGAAAACUCUUCAACUUUGCAAGAAGAAAAAGGUGUCUAGCGGGGAGUGGGUGGGAGAGAAGAGGGACAAAAAAGCACCACGAGGAAGGGGGGGGGGAUGAGACAUGCCUCCCAGGCACUCAGCUAUGCAAAAGCAAGCGAGAGGUGAGGGAGUCGGGGAAGAGGAUAUUUUGUUCCGUAACAUUUCCUGCCUUUUCUCUCUGAAUGGAGCUGCUUCUGUUGCCCCCCCCCCCCGGGUCCGGCUUUCUUUAAAGAAAACAAACACAAACCUUUUUUUUUUAAAAAAAAAGGUUUCUCCUCCCAAAGCUGCUUUCUUUUACUUUUACAUGCUUCUGUUCCCUCUUGAUCCCAAAAUGGCAACUCUCAGGGUGGGACAGGGUGGGACAACGAGAUUGAGGACAGAGGACACAAGCAAGAGAAGCUUCGCCGGGCUUGUAGUUGUGAAGCUUCCUUUCCCUGCCUCUCUCUCUCCUCCGAGAUGUUACAAAGCAUGUGAGCUGCUCUCUCCCCCCCCCCCACUCGCCUCCUGUCCCUUCUUAGACGCUCUCAGGAUGAUUCCUGCUUGCUUUUAAUCCGGCCAGCAGCAGGGGCACUUUCACCUCCUGAAUCCUCAGAUACACAAACACAUGACGCCUCCAGGAGGGGGGAGGGAAGUAGAGAAGCAACAGCUCCCUCAACUCGGGACCCAAACCCUGGAACCUACAGGGUUAAAAAAAAGUGACCCCCUGUUUGCUCCUGAUUUCGAUCUGCCCCUGUGCUUUGUCCCAUUUCCGCAGCUGUGAAAGCCUCAAUUCCCUGCGUCUGCGGCUGUGUGGGGAGGGCUGCAUACUGUUGGGUGAGCAUUUUUAAUCAAUUUUCCCCCCACCCAACAACUUUGUGCUCUUUCCCCCUAAGAGAAGCUUAAAAACUCUUUCUGAUUCCUGCCAUAAAUAGGUCAGCUGCUGGCACUCCACCCUUAAAAAAAAUGUUCAAAAACUGGCCAAUCCUCCCCCCAAAAGGCUCAACAACUCUGGGCAAUCACUUCCAACUGGGUAGAUCACUGUCCUAUAAUUAUACCAGUAUUGUAGAGUUGGAUGGGACCCUGUUGGAGAUCACCUCUUUACAUUUGCUGUCAGCCUUCAUUUGCCCUCCUCCUACUAUGUAACUUUACAUAUCUCUCCCUCCCUCACACACAAAACAACAACACACAAACACAGUUGCCUUGGAUGCUAGUCCUACUCAGAGUAGACUCACUGAAAUGAAUUAAAAAUCCAAACAUUAAUUUAGAAGGAUCUGCCCUAAGUAGGAUUUAGUUGGAUGUAGCCUGUUAUUAUGACCAAAGUAUCUUACCCAAAAAGAUCUGCACAAACCAGUUUACCUGAGUGCAUUAUUCUCAGGGUGGGGGGACUCAUUUAUUUAUAAUUGCAUAAUAUGGGACUAAAUAGCAUUAUGUUGUAAGGACCUUUUAUUAAAUCUCAGAAUUGUAAAGUUGGAAGGUACCCAAGGGUCAUCUAGUCCAACCCACUGCAAUGCUUGAAACCUGGAUGGAGUACUCUGUUGUAACUGUAAAAAACGUAUAAAUAUAAAAUAUAAAAAGUCUUAAUUUGGCUCUCACUUUUUAAUUUUAGGAUUAGGAAUUAAUGGGAGUCCUUGUCACAAUAGCGGCUCGAUGAGGGGUCCUCGAGAAAAUUUUGUUGGGAACCCCUGCCCUACUCUACCUCUCUUCAAAUCGGAACCAAUGAAAGUGGUAAAGUGGAAGUGGAGGCGAUUUCAGGAUGUAUGGCAGCUAACGGAUUGAGGUCGAACCCUAACAAGACAGAUGUACUGUUUUGGGGGUGACAGGAGGCGGGCAGGUGUGGAGGACUCCCUGGUCCUGAAUGGGGUAACGGUGCCCCUGAAGGACCAGGUGCACAGCCUGGGAGUCAUUUUGGGCUCACAGCUGUCCAUGAAGGCACAGGUCAAUUCUGUGUCCAGGGCAAUGUCUACCAGCUGCAUCUGGUAUGCAGGCUGAGACCCUACCUGUCCGCAGACUGUCUCGCCAGAGUGGUACAUGCUGUAGUUAUCUCCCGCUUGAACUACUGCAAUGCGCUCUACGUGGGUCUACCUUUGAAGGUGACCCGGAAACUACAACUAAUCCAGAAUGCGACAGCUAGACAGGUGACUGGGAGCGGCCGCCGAGACCACAUAACACCGGUCUUGAAAGACCUACAUUGGCUCCCAGUACGUUUCCAAGCACAAUUCAAAGUGUUGGUGCUGACCUUUAAAGCCCUAAACGGCCUCGGUCCAGUAUACCUGAAGGAGCGUCUCCACCCCCAUUGUUUUGCCCGGACACUGAGGUCCAGCACUGAGGGCCUUCUGGCAGGGGCGUACC